CACCCACCCAAAAGGGCCCAGCCCUUGUCUGUCUCGACUGGCAUUGGUCAAUUGUUCUAUUAAGAUUGUUUCGAUCUGUUCCUGGCCCACCCCCUCGUCUCCCUGCGUUUCCGCUACUUCCAUCCCUCCUUUAGUUUAUCUGCGCUGCCACCCCCUCUCCUCCUGGACUCUUUCCGUUCCACUUCACCUUAUAUACCUCAUAUACCUCGCCUUUCUCCACUCCCUCGGGCUUCAUGACCUCGUCUGAAGCUUGCUCGAUCACCACCUAGCGCACCAGAACCAUGCCCCUGAAUACAUUCGCAUUGAGUCUGGCCCUCACCCCGACCGUUCUUCAGACCCUGAUCUCGCAUUACCUCCACCGCAAGUUACUGCACCACAAGCCCAACGUCCACAUCUCCUACGAUGAAAGUCUUCGCAUCCUGCGCGAAUUCCUCGUGUACGCUUCCAAGCACACCCUGGAAGACCUCCAAACCUUCUCCUGCCAGAGAGUUCCUGCGCCGCAUUGGGUGAAGCUCGAAACCGUCACCGUGCCUGAGGACUGUCUGCUGGGCGCGGCAGAUGCGGUCAACAAGCAGCUCGGUCCGAGAGGCAUCGCUCGCGUCGGCGGAAAGGAAUGGUGGCAAUGGCGCGGCCCCGCUGAGGACUUGAAGGCCGAGUGGAUCGAGAUGAAGGAUGACUACAAUGAGCGGAAGCGGACGGGUCGCGAUCAUCCCAGCCAGAAGCGCAUAAUGCUCUAUAUCCAUGGUGGUGCGUAUUUCUUCGGCAGUUUGGAUACGCAUCGGUAUCAGAUGCAGCGGCAUGCGCGGAAGCUGAAAGGGCGGGUUUUUGCACCUAAAUAUCGACUGGCACCACAGUUCCCAUUUCCCUGUGGCCUGCAGGACUCGCUGGCAGCUUAUCUGUAUCUUCUGAAGGAGCAUCAGCCCAAGGAGAUCAUCUUUGCAGGCGACUCUGCUGGAGGAGGCCUCGUUCUCUCGAUGCUUGUGAUCCUCCGCGACCAAGGACUUCCUCUGCCGGCAGGAGCAAUCUUGAUUUCGCCAUGGGUCGACCUGACCCAUUCAUUUCCCAGUAUUGUCAAGGAUAAUCCCGGAGACUAUAUCCCGCCCUACGGUUUCAUGCACAAGCCUUCUACAGCGUGGCCUCCUCCCAACGCAGAUGAGCUCGCCUCCUUGAAGAAAGCACUCAUGGAAAACCCGGCCAAACCCAGCGAUGCGGUCCCCAAGCAAAAUAGCCAAUCCGAGAAAACAGCAGAAAGGGGCUACUCGGUGCACAAGAGCAGCUCGUCCGAGGCCGACCGCACCGAUGCCCAGCGCCAGUCUACCGAAAUCCACAAUGAGAAGAUCACAAUUCCCAUAGACGGAGAAACGGUCGUGAUCAAGGAUCAGAUUCACAUGUAUACGACCAACGAACUUCUGACGCACCCGCUCGUUUCUCCCAUCUUCCAGCCUUCCCUCGGAGGACUACCCCCACUGCUGAUUCAGAGUGGGGGUGGAGAGAUGUUGAGGGAUGAGCAGUUUUACGUCGCCCACAAAGCCGCCAAACCGGCCGCAUACCCACCCGGGGACGCUUUUCUUGACGAGCACGAUCCGAACCGCGAAACCCUCCACAAGUAUUCGGGGACUUACGUCCAACUUCAGGUAUGGGACGAUUUGUGUCAUGUAGCACCGACUCUCAGCUUCACGCAUCCUGCCAAGUAUAUGUACCGGGCUAUUGCACAGUUUGGUGCAUGGGCCCUGGCGUGUGCGCAAGACACCGAGGUUGAGAUAGUCGAUGACCAUAACGUAUCGAGCGAUACAGACAGCAGCGAGGACCCUAACAAGCGGGAAUCGGAGGCUCACACCCCCGUCGAUUCCAUUGGAAAGGCGGGCGACCCUCUCCCAGCGUUCAAGGAUCGCAUGAUCCGGCAAAGAGUAGACAAGAAGGGCAAUGUGUACCACCUGGACCCUCCAUCUUCGUGCUCCGUGCUCCAGAUCCCUCCCUCUAAAGUCGGGGUCUUCAACCCUGUGCUCGUGCGCAAGUGGAUGUCUGCGAAGAAAGAGUGGGACACCCGAUUCGCGAAGGAGAAACUCCGUGUUCAACGGCAACGAAUCAAGGAGUUAGCGUAUGGGCUCCAGAACUUCGAAGGCGAGCUGCCACCACCGAGCGCCUUGGCUGCCCGGAGAAGCGUGCCUCGCGUGUUGCCGGCCAAGACGGGUCGCAAGAGCUACCCGAUGACCAUGUGGAGCAAGAUGGCCAGCAAGCAUGAUGAGCGGACCGUCGUCAAGGAGCAGCUGAAGGGCGAUCGGUCUGCGCGGACGAGCGUCGACGCGGGCCAAGCCGGGGCGUCGAUGAAAGCCGAAGCAGCGCACCAGACGGACGAGAACGCGUCCGCUACCCAGCAGGCGGCUGCAGUGACUGGCGCCUCUGUGCAGGACUUUUCCAAUGCACACACCACGAAGGCCCAGCCGAACGGUCUGAGCAAUGGAUGCGAUUCCUCGGGGACUAACGUUCCGUCCGAGGAGGAGGCGCGCGAUCCAUCGAUGAACUCACAUACCCAGGCACCCUCGCUCGAGAACUUCGGCCCGCUGCUCGUCCUACCGGGGUACGAGGGGAAGAAUUUUGAGGAGGAGAACGCAAGCACCCGAGCCCUCUUCCAUGAAGCGGGCGCGGUGCCGAACAUCUCGGAUCCCGCCUGGGCGCGACUCCGCAAACGUCCCUCGUCGAACGACGGGUCCGGCACCAUCCGCAGUGGCUUUACCACCGAGCCGCCGGAAGACACGAGCACGAUCGGCGAUGAGAAGUCACUCGCCGUGACCACGAACGGGGUCGAUGCUGCCAGUACGCGCGCGGUCCUCAACGCCACGGGGGUGUUGGGCACGGCGUGUGAUAACGAAUCCGCGUAUCGUUCGUUCGAGGCUCUCCCCAGUGAGUUUGGGGAGGGGGAGGUGCCUACGCCCGGCGCUGCUCACGGUGGGAACGAGAUGGAGGCGACGCCGCGGCCGGUCAUGCCUGACCGGGAAUAUUUCAAGACGGCGGAGGAAUAUGUGCCGCGCUGAGGAUAGAUUUUGUCUUGCGCGAGUUUUUGUUAGAUGUCCCAUUUAUACUGUACUGUACAUACACACGACUACUGUUAUUUUCUUCGUCCUGGGAGGUCUGUUGGUUGAGUCUUGUGAAUACCCGAUUUAGUCUAGUUCUAUGAGUGUCACCUUCGUUAAUGCACUCAAUACAUUUAGCAAGCGGUCCACUUACACGUGGACCAUGAAUCAGCACUCGGAGAAUCAAC